GUACGCUUUUACAGUUGUCUACUUCCAAGAUCUGAUUCUGUUCCAGUCUGUCAGCGUGCGGUUUCCAGCACUUGAGACGUCCGCUCACAGUGCGGUGCCGGGUUCCGAUUGGAAAGUAAAGAGUGCAGGUUCAACACAACUCCGUCAAGCAUGUUAGAGUUUCGAAAGCUCAGUAAGGGCUUGUCAAAUCGAGAUCUUAGGCGUUUCUAAAUCUACCCCUCGAAACUGUUCGGCACAAUCUACGGCUAUGCCGACGGCAGUAGAGAUAGGGGGACUGGUGCUGGGGGUCAUUGGUGCAUGUCCUGCUGUAAUUGAGGUGUUGCAGCUUUACAAAGGAGCCCUAAAGACGCGAUCGAGCUACCACGAAGACCAAGUUCAGGCUCUUCUCCUUGAUUUACGGGUGCAGAAUGCGUUAUUCGAGGGCUCAUAUCGCAUCUUGAUGGGACAUCGAGACACUUCAGCCCUACGAGGCCCAAAUUGUGAUUGGCAAUCUAUCUCGGACUCGAUCAAGAGCAAGCUUGAGAACGACGACCAUUGGAAGACAUAUGGUGAGCUCAUAAAGUCUAUCUAUGACUGUUGGAAAGCGCUUAGCUCCCAUAUUGUAAAGCCUCCGGCUGGACGACUAGUCUUCAACUGGAUCGAUAAAACAAACGAGAUGUUAGAGCGAAUCCGAUAUGCCAUUAAUGACCCUAGUCGAUGCGAUCUGCUUAACAAGCUACGAGAUUCCAAUACAGCACUAGAUGCACUUGUCCGGCAGCAAAAGAUAUUGCCUGUUGCAUUGUCUCUUGGCUGCACGUGUACCUCAACACAUGCUAUCACAGUAGAGCUUCAAUCCAUUGCUGUUGCUCGCUCUCUCGCGGAAAGCUCGGGCGGAUAUACUGCUGCGCCAAAUUCACCUUUGGAGAUGGAAAUGAUAUACAAGCCUGGGAUAAACGGUACCAUACCAGUACCCAUGAAGCUGGAAUUGUUCUUUACCGUUGGUCGAGAACUAUAUUUGCAGCACACGCAGCAGGGAUCUUUACAGCAAACCCCGAUGCACUGCUUAGCACAGAGCAUGGAACAGACACUACGGAAUUGCGUGGUAGGGGCGAAAGCUGACUACCCUAUUUCUAGUCAAGGGUCACUGCGUAUAGACAUAAGCCGCAAGCAAGCCUCAACACACAACUCUCCCAUGUCUUUGCAAUCGUUGUUUGGGGAUCUGUCACUGCCAUGCUUUCAGAACGGUAACUUCUUCGAGCGAGAUAGAAUCAGCAUGGCGAUUACUCUUAUAUGCUCUGUUCUCGGUCUCCACUCAACCCCUUGGCUCUCCAGCGCUUGGACGAGUAACAACAUCGAGUUCUUGCCUUCAUCAGGAGGUAUCACUCGCACCUCUCUGCAAAGGCCACGAAUUACGAUACCACUCCAACGUGAUAGCUUGAUGAACACCGGGUCGAGUGCACCCUCAUUCGGCGUUCGAAACAGUUCCCUCUUUGCCUUGGGAAUGAUCCUUCUCGAGAUACUCAUGGGGACAUCACUUGCAUCCAGGCGGACGGCAAACGAAACGGAAAUUGCGACUGCCUGGAGGCUUGAGCACGUCGUAUGCAGCAAAGAGCUACCUUUCUGGAGGAAAGUCGUCAGUGGAUGUCUUCACUGUCCCUUUUCUGGAAUAGACAUGGAUUUAGCAUCUGACCCACCUGUACUUUUGGAUUGCGUGCAAACAGAAAUACUCCAACCUUUGUUGAAGGCCUCCAGGGCGCUUCCAUAG